GCAGAACAUCAAUUCGACCAAUAGCCCAAUUCUUUGUGAAGGACCCCUCAUCGAAGCAGCUCUGGAAACUUACACUGCUAUGUCGAAUCCAGUGCGCAAGUUCGAGCAAUUAGCCAUACCCGACUUCUAUUUCAGCGCGAUGGAAAAUUGGGGCAUGGUUACUUAUCGCGAGGCAGUUGGGUUGACUAGUUACGAUUCGACGCCAUUGCGAACGAUUUUUAGCCAACUUAUAACUCAAGCUCACGAAUAUUCGCACAGUUACUUUGGAAAUCUCGUGACUCCAAAUUUUUGGGACGUCGCCUGGCUCAAAGAGGGUUUUGCAACGUACUUUGCAUACCUGAGUCUUGGUAAUCUUCACGAGGAUUGGCGAACCGUGGAUAUAUUCGCGGUUUCCGAGUUACAAAGUGCCUUACUUUCGGAUUCUGGCACUGACAGUAAUAGAACAAUGAACGAUCGUUGGGUUGGCAGUCCUAGUUCGGCUAAGGCUGCCCUUGAUUUUGUCACCUAUGCUAAAGGCGCAUCUAUCAUUCGCAUGUUCGCCGACGUACUUGGAGCAAAACCAUUCAGGCGCGCAAUCAACUCUUACCUCAGACGUAGAAAGUACGAGUCAAUCAUCCCCGAAGAUUUUUAUCAAGAAUUGGACUUGGUAGCGAGUGAAUUACCUGUAAAAAUUGGCGAAUUGUUCGAUAGUUGGGCAAACCAGACCAAUUAUCCACUUGUCCAAGCCUUUGGUAAUGUGAGCCAAGUAACAUUGUCUCAGCGUUCAUUCGAUUUCAGUGGCGAUACAACAGCAAAACGUUGGUGGAUUCCGAUCCAGAUUCUUACUCCUACUUUUGAGUCUAAGUUGCAUUGGUUGCCAGCGAACAACGAGUCAUUAUCCGUCAAACUACCAAAACAGUCUCCAUGGUUCGUAGUGAAUCCUCGUCUGAGCGGUUAUUAUCGUGUUGAUUACGAAAUAGAAAACUGGCAGGCUCUGAUUACAUUUCUUAAGUUGGGGUCGUUAGAAAGCUUGCCCAGUGUCAGCCGUGCGGCUCUUAUUGACGAUGCUUUCAAUCUGGCGAGAGCGAGCUUGCGCAAUUACUCGCUGCCUCUGACGCUCAUUGCCUAUCUCAAACGAGAACGAGACUAUGUACCGUGGAUUACUGUUUCGCGGAUCGUCAGUUUCCUCGAUGAUAAACUUCGAGAUCGACCUGACACUCAGCAAACUUUUCGACGCUAUGUGAUUGAGCUAAUAAAGCCAAUUUAUGAAGAACUGACAACCAAAGAGAAGGCUUCUGAUAUACUUAUUAGAAAAAUGCAUCGAGAAUUAAUUUUGUCUCUUGCUUGCUCUGUCGGAUUGGAGUCGUGUAUAACUACAGCAAAAUCUACUUUUGACAGAUGGAUUGCCAACGAGAUUGAAACGAUACCAAAACAUUUUAAAAGUUUUAUAUACCGUAUUGGAAUAAUCAAUGGCAGUGACCAAGAUUGGGAAAAUCUGUGGAACCGAUUUUUACAGAUGGAUUCUUAUGUAGAUAAAGCAAUCAUGAUUGAGGCUAUAGCUUCUACUGACAAUCGCGCUUUUAUCCAUAAAUUCCUUGAAUUCGCUAUUCAACCUCAAUCUGAUAUUGUAAAGCAAUACCGAUUGACAAUAGUGCAAUCGGUCCUGAAUAAAAAUAUGACUACAACUUUAAAAUAUAUACAGAGCAACUUAUCAAAAAUUAUUAGCUUAGGAGGUUUUAAGUUCCUGGAAAAAAUAAUGAGUGCGUUUGGAGAACGAAUCACAACCGUUAAACAGGAACAAGAGUUCAUGCGAUUUUUGGAUCAAAACUCUCAAAUUCUUGGAUCUUCAUUAGGAAGUGGAAAAAAAGCGCUGAAAACGGCCAACGAUAAUAUCAAAUGGAUUAGUCGAUGUGCUGCGCAAAUUCAGGAAUAUAUUGAUAAGAAUUUAUUUGUACUAUAAGUAUCUAAAGAUAUUUUCAAUUGGAAAACCUUUAGACUAUAUUAAAUUGUAAAUACGUAGG